CAAGUGGCCCAGCCGGGCAGGAUCCUCCCCCACCACAAGUUUUCCACCCCACUUUGACACCUUCUACACCCUGCAAAGCCCGAGGAGCCGUUCAAGGGAGAUCCGCGUUCCCGACUCCACCAGCUUUCAUUUUUUCGGAAGACGCGCUUGCGCUUCAUUGCACUGCGCGCGCUUCCCAGUUAUCACAUAUAAUCUAGCUUUAUUAUCCGUUCCCGUCGUUUUUAUUUCCAAGACCCGCAAUGGAUUGGCACGGCUUUCUCUGGUGACCUGAAGGACGUUUGCUGCUCUGCGGGACAGUGCGAAGCGCUCAUGGCAGCUGGAUGAAGUGCGCGCUCACAUGCGCUCCGCUCUCACUGCCGCUUCUUGCGGGAAUAUUAUUAUAAGCCAUGAUCCGCGCUGGGGCUCUUGCUCUGCUCUGUCGUCUGCACAAGGAUUGCAAGCAGCUCUGAGAAGACCUUCAGGAUCAGCAGCAGAUCAUGGGCCAUCUAGCUGCAGCCUUAACCCUGGUGGUCAUGGUGAUACUGCCAGAUGCAGGCUUCUCCUGCCCCCACCUGUGUGCCUGCUACCAGCCAACAGAAGUGCAUUGCACCUUCCGCUCCCUUCUCGCUGUGCCCAGGGGACUCCCCAAACACGUGGAGCGUAUAAAUCUCGGGUUCAACACCAUCAGCAAAAUCACAGAAAGUUCGUUUGCUGGAUUAAAAAAACUAGAGUUUCUGAUGAUGCACGGAAAUGAUGUGCAUGAUAUAUCCAGUGCUGCAUUCAGAGACCUCUCAUCACUGCAGGUACUGAAGAUGAGCUACAAUAAACUUAAAGUAAUCAGUGGGAAAAUGCUCCUUGGGCUCUCGGGACUGAUUCGGUUGUACCUAGACCAUAACCGCAUUGAAUUCAUCCAACCAGACGCCUUCCAGGGCAUGACAGCUCUGCGCCUGCUCCACCUGGAGGGGAACUACCUCCAGCAACUUCAUCCAUCCACCUUUGCCACCUUCUCGGUCCUGCAUUACUUUCACCUUUCAGGUCUCAAGCUGGUGCACCUCUCAGACAACGGCCUCACUACGUUGCCCAUCCAGCUGCUCAAGAGCAUGCCACAACUGGAGAGCGUGUUCUUGCAUGGAAAUCCCUGGACCUGUGAUUGCAGGUUGAAGUGGUUAUUAGAGUGGAGCACUCAUUCUCCAGGUGUGCUGAAAUGUAGAAAGGACAAAGCUUAUCCAAAAGGACAGUUGUGUCCAAUGUGCUCCUCUCCUGUACGCUUAAGGAGGAAAGAAAUUUCAGAGCUGGAGGACCUCACUUGCACAGCUCCAAACAUCAUCAUCCCUGAAAAGGAAGCAGUGGCAGAAGAAAAACAGACUGAACUUCUCCCAGUGAAGCAUUUCAGGGUUCCUUUUGGCAAUAUUACAUUGAACCUGACUGAUGAGAAUGGGAACAAAGUAGAUUUAGACUGUGAUAUCAGUGAGCCCACAGAAUCCAGUAAGAUCGCCUUUGAGAAUAUCAGCUCCCAGCAAAUUGCUGCUAACGUCUCCCUUUUUCUAGACGCUGAAUGCCCAGUUGAUCGGGAGAACUAUGAAAAACUGUGGAAACUCAUUGCAUACUACAGCGAAGUGCCUGUGCACUUGCAGAGGGAGAUCAUGUUGAGUAAAGAGCCCAAACUGAGCUACAGAUACAGGCAAGACACCGAGAAGGACGCUUAUUAUUACACAGGGGUGCGUGCUAAUAUUCUGUCAAAUCCUGCUUGGCUCAUGCAGUCGGUUGUCAAAAUUCAACUAAACAGGCCUCAGUCAUCACCUAAAAGUAUUAAGCUGAACAUGAGCACUCGCUUUACACAAACCUUGGAGACUGAGAUUGUGAGGAGGCAAAGAAGGGAAUGGGUCAUGAUAGAGCACAAAAACAGUACCAGGACUGCAGUGAGUAUUGCUGUGGGUGCUGUGAGUGAGAUGGAUUGUAGAGUGCUCAGUUCUGGGGACCCAUAUAUUCAGUGGAUGCUUCCAGAUGGCUCUAAAGUCACCGCAACAUAUAGCAGUACUGACAACCGAAUUUUUGUGUCCAGCACAGGAAAGCUGGUCAUCAAAAAUGUUAGGCACUCAGACUCUGGUAUAUACUACUGCAUUGCACAGGUGAAAGAUGAGCUUGAUGUUCUCCCUUUCCGUCUCUCUGUGGAAGAUUCUUCAGAUCCAUCUCCAGGGAGUGAGUUGGGUCCUCCUGUGAGCAAACUUGUGGGUGAAUCCAUUUCCCUACCUUGCGUCUCCUCUGGAACCCCAGAUGCACAUUUAAACUGGAUUCUGCCUGAUCAACAGCUUCUGAACCACAGCACUAACUCAUCCAGGGCUGUUGUGUAUUUGAAUGGCACUUUAUUUCUAGCUCAGAGUCAGCUGACUGACAGCGGAUAUUACAAAUGUGUGACUCUUAACCAGCAUGGCAUUGAUACAAUGGCUACAAAAGUAAUUAUAACAAGGAGACCUCUUGUCCGGCCACUAAGAAAGUUUCCCAUGAGGCCUCAGUCCGCUUCGGGUGUUUCUACUAGAAUAAAAGCCAUGAUGGAUGACAUUGAAGAGUCAUCUGGUGAUGACAGGGUCCAGGAGGAAGCAUCCUCUAAACAAAUCAACAACCUGAGUCAAAGGAGGGGCCAGAAAAGUAGCCCUCGAGGGAACCCACUGAUGAGCUCAGGGGGGCAGCCCCAUCGGCGGAGAAAACCUAUUCGCAAAGGUUCCCGUGUAGAUGAUAAAAAGAAUGUUACUGCGAUGAGAAGAAAGGUCAAUAUGUCAAGCAAAAAGAUAGACCCAGAGCAAUGGGCUAACAUUUUGGCAAAGAUUCGUAAUAAAAUCAAUGCAAAAACAACAACACCCAGUUCAGUUCAAACCUAUGCACCAGCAACAAAGAAGCAGUCAAAGGAGUCUGUAACAUCAAAGCCUGACUUGCCUGAAUCUUAUAGUAACUCAAGAGGCUCUUCCAUAGAUGACAUGAACCUGCAAGAGGAAGGCUUUUAUGUAAUCACUACAACACACAUUCCAUCCCAUCCUACAAGAGACCUCUUUGAAUCUGAGCCCUUUGAUUCCAAUGACCAGACUGAGAGAAUUUCCCAGAUACCCACAUCCAAAACCAACACUGAACCAGAUGCUGUCACUACCAGUAUUCAUAUUGCUCAGCCUACAUCUGGUCCACAGGAGUCUAGUCUUGGUACGUCAAACGCUGAGAGGGAAAACACUGAAAAUGGCUUAAACAUUUUAACUAGCACAUUGUAUAGUGUCACUUUUCAGGAAAGUAAAAGUACAACAACAGAAAAAAUCCCUGGCAUUAUUGUCUCUAAUGUUAUGGAAAGAUCUAACAACCUUCGUGGCUCAGAAGCAAAUAUUAAUAUCAGAACCACCGAAAGCUCUCAGAAAGGUGGAUUUUCCCACAAAAUUAGUGGGGAUUCUGAACCUCAUACACAUGGUUACAUGGAAGACCUUUUCAAAACUGCAGCUGAGUACGAAAUAAAAAAUCUCGUGACUGAGCAUUAUCCCAACGACUUAUUCAAGUUUCUAACAACUGCUUCUCCAGCUACAAAACCAGGUAUAAGUGGAAAUGCAGGUCCAGAAAUUCUCUCUAAGUCUAAAUCUUCUCAUCGCAGAACCUCAUGGAAUUUAAGAAGGAAGUCUUAUACUCGAAGAAAACCUAUCAGAAUAACAAUAGGGCCAAGUAACCCCCUGCAAAAUCCACUGUUCUCUACAGUUAGAUCAACCCUGUCUAGAGCACCCCUAUAUGAAAGUGAUCUUGUAGCAACAGCUGAGACAACCCCAACUUCACAUCUUCAGACAGAAUUAUCCUCAACGGUUGCAACAUCAGCUGCAGCUACUAUCACCUAUUAUUUCAACAAACACCAGGAGUCGUCUGGCAUUGUAAGUCUGACAGAUGAUACAGGAGCAGUUCUUCAAAACAAGCCUGAUGAAUUAUCCGAAAUGAAGAUCAGUUCCACUGUGAUGGAAGAAGUACAGGACUCCAGACUUACCACUCCCCCAAACUAUUUUUUUCAAAGUGCUUCAUUGGUUACACCAACAGCUUCCACAGUUUGGCUAAAUGAAAACCAGAAAAUAGAUGAAGCACCAACUGUAAAAUCUCUGGCCACAGCACCAAUCCAUGAGGCAGAAUCAUUAGUCACGGGUCAGGAGGUGUCUACAAACACAAGUCUUCUGACAAGCAGUUCCUUUGAGAGGAAUUAUGGUGAGACCACAGCAGGGGGCUUUACACCCUCAGUAAACCCAAGUGUGCCCACAUGGGAUUCUGACACAAGACUUGGAGGGAUGCCUGGUAAAAUUCCCACUUCAGAAGAAAUUACGCAUGAAUCUAAAGAUUCCGAGCAGACACCAGUAAGCAGGAACACUCAAAUCAUGAGGGGUGCUACAAAACAAAAUACCAAUGACAAAGCCCAGGAGGGAAAUGAAGCAUUGCUCUCAUUUCAGUUAGAACCAAAGAAACCAUUAAUACCAGGAUUUCCCAAUCUAGGAUUUAAUCAGGCAGAGACAACACUGACCUCCAAAAAACCCACCACUAUUUUUACAGAAUCACAAAACCUUCAGAAUAAUGCUUCUGGACAUCACACACACAUUGCAGAAAAUAAGGAAAUUGACAAAUCACCCCAGAUGCAUAGUUUUCCGUCAGCAGAAAGUAUUAUUACACCAACAAGUACAUCAACAAUUUCUACAACUACAGUGACCUCCGCAACAUCAGCUCAUCCUGCAUUAUGGUCAAACAUACCUUCGCCAGACUCACAAAAAAAUAAGGUAAACCCUGGCUCUUCCCAAAUUGGGAUUAAUUAUAUCCCUAACAGGAACAGUGGAAGAAUACCUGGAUCCAAUCAGAGGUACCCAUACAACACAAAUAUUAGAUAUCCUCCUGUUUUCAGAAGACCUCAUAUUAACAAGACACCUGAAAAGGUCAGACCACCUGUCAUUAAUCCCACAAAACUGUCAGUGGAAUCCAGACAGCAUUUAUUGAACAAUGUCAAGGCUACUGUUCCAAAAUCAGAGGUAAGAAAUACACCAACAGCUCCUUUUAAUGCCAGGAAGACAACAACCAGGGCUCCCACAGUUACCACAGCAUCAUCAUUACCAGAGAAAACCAUCUUUCAUUCUCAGAACCAUCUAGGACCUAAAACAGAGCCCAAGAAACCCUCUCAAAGUACUGAUGUCAUUCAGAGUGUGUCUCAUCAACAAAAACCACCAUCAGAAGAAACCGCCCUUCAUUCUCUGGAUGAGCAAAGGACCAAAGCAGAGACCAAUAAACUCUCCCUGAGUACUAAUGUUAUUCAGAAUGUGUCUCAUCAAGUAAAACCAUCAGCAAAACAAACAACUGUUAAUACUCUGGAUCAUCUGGAGACUAAAGCAGAGCCCAGGAAACCUUCUCAGAGUAUCGAUGUGAUUCAGAAUGUGUCUCAUCAACAAAAGCCAUCAUCCGAAGAAACUGCCCUUCAUUCUCAGGAUGGACAGAGUACUAUAGCAAAUCCCCAGAAACCCUCCCAAAGGAUUGAGAUUAUUCAUAAUGUAUCUCAUCAGCAAAAGCCAGCAUCAGAGGAAAUUAUUCAUCAUCCCCUUGAUGGGAUGGGGACUAAAGCAAAACCCCAGUACCCCUCCCAAAAUACAGACAUCAUUCCAAAUGUGUCUCAUCAACAAAAUUCAUCAUCAAAAGAAAUUGUCCUUCAUCCUCAGGAUGAGAUGAGAACUAAAUCACAGUCCUAUAAACCCUCCCAAAGUUCUGGUAUCAUUCAGAAUGUGUCUCACCAACAAAAGUCAUCAUCAGAAGAAACUAUCCGUGUUUCCCAGGAUGGGCUGAGAACUAAUGCCGAGUCCCAGAAACCUUCUCAAAGUACUGAUGUCACUCGCAAUGUGUCCCAACAACAAAAGCCAUCAUCUUCAGUGCCAUUCGAAAGGGGAAGGCCCAAAAUCACCACUACAAACCUUCACAUGAUUUCAGUAAAUGCUCAAACUGAUGCUUUUCUACCUUGUGACACUGUUGGAGACCCUAAACCUUUCCUGGCAUGGACAAAGAUUUCCACAGGAGUUAUCAUAACACCCAACACUAAGACGCAGAGGUUCGAGGUGAAGCCAAAUGGGACUUUUGUCAUUCGGAACGUGCAUCUUCUGGAUCGUGGACAGUACCUCUGCACAGCACAGAAUCAGUAUGGUGUGGACAAGAUGAUGGUCACGCUGGUUGUGUUGGCUCAGCAGCCCACGAUACUGACACCACGUCUUCACGAUGCCACAGUGCACCUGGGUAAUGACACGAGCUUCGACUGCCAAGUGCAAGGACUCCCUACCCCCCACAUUUCCUGGAUGCUGCCGAACGGGACCAUCCUGCGCUCUGUUUCGGCUGCCAAGCAGCACAUCAUGCUGCUACACAAUGGUACCCUCCGCAUCCACGGGGCCAGCUACCAGGACCGUGGCAUGUACAAAUGCAUCGCAAGCAAUUCAGCCGGUGCCGACGUCCUUUCUGUGCGCCUGCACAUCACUGCUUUGCCACCCGUCAUUCAGCAGCGGAGGGCAGAGAGCCUCACAUUCUCCGAGGGCCAAGCCAUCCACGUUGAUUGCACUGUAAAGGGCGCCCCCUUGCCCGUCAUCUACUGGGUCAUCCCAGAUGGCACACACCUCCGUCCGUCGCAGUUUGUGAAUGGCAAACUGUUUGUUUUCCCCAACGGCACAUUGUACAUCCGUAACCUCUCCACCAAAGACAGUGGCACCUACGAGUGCAAAGCCACCAAUGCGGUGGGGGUCGCCAAGAGGACCAUCAGCCUACUGGUGAAGGAGAGUAUCUCCACAGCAAAAAUAACCUCUAGCUCACCCAAGAAGACAGACGUCACCUAUGGGGGACAGCUGCACCUUGACUGCAUCGCCUCUGGGGAUCCAGGUCCUAGAAUCAUAUGGAGAAUCCCUUCCAAGAAACUGGUGGAUGCAGAUUACAGUUUUGACCCCAGGAUUAAAGUCUUCAGUAAUGGCACACUUACAGUCCAAGCAGUAACAGAGAAGGAUGAGGGAGACUACCUUUGCGUAGCCAGAAACAAAAUGGGCGAUGACUACGUCCUGCUGAAGGUCAGCGUCAUGAUGAAGCCGGCCAAGAUAGAGUUCAAACAGGUGGCCAGUCAGAAAGUGUCCUAUGGAGGAUCCCUGAAGGUUGACUGCAUUGCCUCCGGCCUUCCCGACCCUGAGAUCAGGUGGGGUCUGCCGGAUGGCACCAUGGUGGACAGCAUCACUCAGUCUGAUGACAGCGGUGUACGGACCAGGCGGUUUGUGGUUUUUGACAACGGGACCCUCUAUUUCAAUGAUGUGGGGAUGAAAGAGGAAGGAGACUACACAUGUUAUGCCGAGAACCAAAUUGGGAAGGACGAGAUGAAGAUCCAUGUGAAGAUAGUGGUGGAUCCCCCUGCCAUUAAAAACAAGACCUAUGAAACUCUUAGGGUGUCCUAUGGUGACUCUGUCUCGCUCAGGUGUCAUGCCAAAGGGGAGCCGCCACCAAGUGUCACAUGGUUCUCCCCGACUAAUCGUAUCAUCGCUCCAGCUUCAGACAAAUACCACAUUCACAAUGACGGCACACUAGUCAUUCAGAAAGCUCAGAGGUUUGACACUGGCAAUUAUACCUGUGUGGCUCGGAACACGAUCGGUCAGGACAAGAAUGUGGUCGGAGUUGAGGUCCUCGUUUCUUCACCAACCAUUAAUGGUCAGCAAGGUGUGGCGAGUACGGUCAGAGAGACCGGUUUCAGGGACCAGCGCAAGCUCCUGGACUGCAACGCCGAGGGAACACCCGCCCCACGGGUCAUGUGGGUCUUGCCUGAGAAUGUGGUGCUGCCUGCACCAUAUUAUGGCAGCAGGAUGAUGGUGCAUCGCAACGGUACGCUGGACAUCCGCUCCCUGAGGAAGACCGAUUCGGUGCAGCUGGUUUGUGUUGCACGCAAUGAAGGAGGGGAGGCCAGACUGGCAGUCCACCUGGAUGUUAGAGACACACUUGAAAAGCCGCAUCUCAGGAGCCCCCAGGCAGAGACACUUUCGCUGACCGUUGGCACCGCACUGACUGUGAACUGUUCGCUCGAGGGUCACCCGGCUCCACGGAUCACAUGGAUUCUUCCCAGUGGCACGCUGCUUCCUAGCGGUACACAGCUCUCCAGGUUCAUCCACAGGCCAGACGGGACCCUGUUCAUCAGCAAUCCGACAGAGUCCGAUGUUGGGACAUACCGCUGCAUGGGCACAAACCCAGCUGGGCAGGCAGAGCGGACAGUGACCCUGGAGCUGGCAAAAAGGGUCGAAGUCACCAACCGACACAGCUCUGUCAUAAGCAUCAUCAAUGGGGAGAAUCUCCAGCUCCACUGUUCAUCUGGUGGUGGCCCUCAGACCAAACUAUCUUGGACUUUGCCCAGUGGUGUGGUUUUGACCCGACCAGAGAGGAAUGGACGUUUCACUGUCCUGCCAAAUGGUACCCUCACUGUCCAGCAAGCAUCCGUGUACGACAGGGGGACAUACUCCUGUAGGUCGGAAAAUGAUAUCGGGACCUCUUUGCUCACAGUACCCGUGAUCGUGAUUGCAUACCCACCCCGAAUCACCAGUGGUCCUGCCCCCGUGACCUACGCUAGGGCCGGUGUGGCUAUCCAGCUGAACUGCAUGGCCACCGGCAUCCCACGAGCCGAGGUGAUCUGGGAGAUGCCCGACAAAAUGCAGCUAACAGCUACAAACAUGCCUAAGGUUUUCGGAAACAAGUACUUACACCCGCAGGGCUCACUAAUCAUACAGAACCCCUCCAGUCGAGACAUGGGUUAUUAUAAGUGCAUUGCCAAGAAUGUCAUAGGAACCGAUACUAAAACAACAUACUUACAUGUAUUCUGAUUAAGGACUCUAAUUUGAUUCUUGCCCAAGAAACUGCAUAGCUGAGUGCAGCAAAUACUGUUUAUGCAAAUGUAUUGGGGACUGAAGCACUCCACUUUUUGUAGAUAGUAUUGAUUUCUCAUUGUGAAGGAGAGGGAUCUCAAAGCUAUACUGUGUAUUCCAUGCUCUGAGUAGCAUCACGGAGACUGAGGCAUUGACAAAGUAAAUCAGCAGUUAUAAAUAUUGCGGUGGGCUUUUUUAGAUGUUCCCAAGGUCAGAAUUUUUAAAUAAACCUUGGACAUUGGUAUUAAUGGCAAUCCUCUACAUUGCAAUUAGUUUUAACUAGUGGGAAAACUUGGAAGAAUUUUAGACUGCACUUUGAGAACAAAAAAAAAUGGAAUGCAAAAAAACGAGAGCUUAGUAAACUAACGAAAAAUAAUAAGACUGGUUUAUUUGAAUGGUUAUCCCAGAAAAAGAGAUUUAAUUGCUUAGUUGGUAGCUAUUUAUUUGAAGGGUGAUCAGUGAAUCACUGAAAGUGUCAGUGGUUCUGUUUUUAUCUUGAAAGCUCCUGUCAAACUGCUUUGGUCAUUACAGACAUGCUGAUUUUUUGGAAAAGCUGUUAAGUGAAAUGAUGGUGCUGAGAGAAAAAAAAAAAAAUAUCUAACAAGACAUAACACUACACUGUUUUAUGGAUCUAAACAAGCACAGGUGUAACCAAAUGUGUGCUGUAAAUUAAACAUCGCAGAGGUCAAAACUUCACUUGCCUGAAUUUUUUGUGCAGCUCUUACCUUAUUUCUUCAAUGCCCCAGAGUGGACAUGUUGUCAGCUACUAAGUAUUGCUGUUGUCCCACUCACUAGAAGGGAAUUCUUAUUUUUAACAGUCAUAGUUGCAGUUUGCAUCUUGUUAUGAUUUAAAUUGUGUACUUCCAUGGCACUUAACUCGAGAACAGUAAGGUUUUGAAUAGCUUCAUAAUCUUGAUGAGCUUUUCUCUUGGUUAGACAGUUAACAUUUUCUGUGCUUUAUUCUGAUUUUCUGGCUCUAAAUUAUUUGUCUGGUAUAUUCUAAUAUCUGAUUUUUUUUUUUUUUUUUACGUGUUAAGUCUGUAUAAUGUACAGGCCUGUGACAAAAAUAUGUCUUGCUCUAGGAUACC